GAGAAGCUCCCCUGGCUGCUGACUCUGGUGGCUGCGUUGCUGUGCUACCCACCCAUCUCCGAACUCUCCGACAGACCGUGCACCGUUGAAUGUAGUGUUGUUGUUGUUGUUUGUGUUUACUGAUGGUGGUGGUGCUCUGAAUCCGCUACGGCUACACAACGCUGGUGAUGGACGAGAAAGCAUUCGUUCGGCGGUGUGUGUUUGGUUGGCUCUCUGCCCAUCCUGUGUGGAGCCGUGCCAGUCAAAGCAAAACUAGAGUCGGUGCGCUGCAGUUCGGACGCUUUUUUCUUCCUCUCUCGUUCAGCAUGUUUUCGGAUCGGACCCCAUCGAACGCGAAUGUGGAGUGUGUUGAUUUUUGAUUUGGCCAGGGAGAUUCGCGACUUUCGCCCCGACGACGACGACGGCGACGGAACGGACGAAUAAGGGGACAUUGGAGGAGUGAUCAGUGUGUUGACGCGAGUUUUUCUGAAAAGCUGUUUUUGAGUUGCAAUUCUGCUGGUUGCGGUCAGCUCUAAACGAAGAAUCGACUCGAGCGAUUUAUCGGUGAAAAUUCCUGUGACCGGAGUGCCUGCAGUGGAAGAAUUUCUCACUCAGAAGAAAAUUGGAUGCAAUUCUUGUUUUGUUCUGGUAGAAAAGGAACGAAGUGCGUAGGAAUUAUAAUCCCUGUAGAAGAAGAUUUAGAAGAAUAAAAAUGUGACGUUUCGGGAAACCUUUCCGUAUAGAAAACAGGGCAAAUUGUAUUGCCCCGAUAGGUGAAAAAUGGGAAGAAGAAAGUCAUCACCCAUUAUUUUGUGCGGUUACUGCGAUGCAGAGAAAAUGUUUUCAUCUCCUCUAAAUGGGCUGCGGAUGUCGACGCGAAUCGAGUAGCUCUGCAACAAUGGUGGAUUACUUUGCGAUGCUACUCUGCUGCUCUUUGGCGGCGGCGACGACGUCUAGCUGGGAUGCCUGUUGUAAAUUGUAAACCGGAGGAAAAUGAAAAUGAUGGAGUGUGGUGCAAAAAUGAACGAAAAAUUGUAAUCUAUCUCUAAUGCAAUGGAAUUUUAGCAGAUAGUGGUGUGAAAAGGAUGUGUUUUAUGGAUUAGCAGCUGAAAUUCGAUACUUGUUAUCAUAUUUGAAUUCAAAAGACUUAUAAGAAACACUCAGGAACGAUUGAAGAACACCUUCGCGGAUUUAUAGAGGCAACUUUGUACGCAGAAGUCGAAAAUUUUUGUAACUUAUUGCUUCCAACGUGUAACGAUUAGUGUCAAAAGCAAUAUGGCUAAGUGAAAAUUAAAUCUUAUGAGUUUCAAACAAGUGUUAAACAGAGGCACCGUAAAUUCAACGUAAAGAAGAUAUUUUCGGUUUUGGUAUAUUGAUUAGUGAUUGAAUUCGGUUGUCGACUUCCCAUAUCAGUGGUGAUAUGGCGUUGCUUCCUCCCGCCUAGGAUGGACUAUGGGAGGUAGUAGGCAAUGAGCAGCUGUUUUGACCGGUGGUGGUCAUUCGAAGUGAAGAAGAAUUGUUUUGUUACUAAUUUGUCACCGGUGAUAAUCGUGAGCUGAUAACGAUGAACGUAGGACAACAUAGUGGCCCUGGGCCGCCACUGACGCGCACUGGAUGCUCGGAUCGCUCGGUUACUGGACCUUCGUGUCGGGCACUGCGCACUGCCGUAUCUGCUCUGUAUUGUUUGGAUGAUUUUAUACGGGAGAAAAUCGGGUCCGGAUUCUUCUCGGAGGUUUAUAAGGUAUGUAAAGGACAUCUGCCCGAUAACGAUAUGGGAAUGACAUCCCAAUCCCACCAAUACGAUGUCGUCACUGUCAAUAUAACAUCGGCAUAAGCUUACGUCACAAGUUGACAAUCUAUCUUUCAACACAGUCACAGUAUAGUUGAUGUGCUCUA